CUCUGUGAGUUCGAGGCCAGCCGGGUCUACAGAGUGAGACCCUGUCAUUCUGCUGACAUGAGGAGAGAUGCAUUCUGGGAUGAUUCAGACAUGGGCCUCACUCAGCUCUGCCCGCUGUGGCAUGAAGAGUAUGCUGCGUGCCCGGUGUGUGGCUUCUUGAGCAGGUGAAGGGAUCUGGGCAGUGGGGGCCUGGGCUGCAAACUCCCGUCCUGUGCCGCGUACCGGCUGCUUCCCUUCGGGGGCUGGAGAGAACGUUCUGUCACUGGCGGACCCUGCUCUAGGUCCUUUGCGUCACCGGGUAAGGGGCCUGCAGGCCGUUGUGGUGUACAGAGACCAUGGCUCCUGCCCUCAGAUGGGCUUGUAAGCCCUCCCAGGGCCCAGGGCGGCAGACAGCACCACCUCCUGGGAGCCCUCACUGACUUCUCUGGCCAGUCAUGGUGAUCCCCACGGGACUGAGUGGUACUGAACUGUCAGCACUCUUGCUGACUUGUCCCCAGUCCUCGAUCACUCUGGAUCCAGAGCCUGGUCCCACUGGGUGCAUCCUUUGUGCUUUGUGUUUGUGAAGUGAGCAUGCUGGUCAUGGUCACUGAAAGGAGUGAGUGAGUGAGUGAGGGCCUGAGCCCUCUAUCCCUCGGGAGGCAAGGCCCUCAAGGGUUAACCAGGAGCCCGCCUGCGGUCUGAGGUAGGCAGGGAGCGUAUUUGUUCAGGUAAAUAAGGAAGGAUUACUUAUAAUGGGAAAGCUGGCAGACCAACUCUAUCUUACUUCUGACUUCCUUCCAGCGAAUUCCUGCACUCCGUCUGCUGUCCACUGUGCCUCCCACACCCAGUCCCCCGGCCUGCGGCUGCCCCUGUAAGCACCCCAGGUUAGGGCCUCAUCAUGGUGUCAACAGGUGUUCCUGAGCCUCUACCAGGGACCUGCCUGUAGACCCUCAGGCCUGGGACCCCAGACUCCCCCUCGGCGGUGGAUCGACCCUGGUGGCCCACCUGAGGGUCCCCUCUGCCCCAGCCCUGCUGGCUCCACUGAUGUCUGGCUGAGACCCAGCAGUGGCCCCAGCUGCCACUGCCUCCUCCUGGUCCCUGAGGUCAGCGCUACAGAGGACAACUCCUUGGACACCAGGCGGCUAACGGACGCAGUCACCAGCCUCGGCAGCGGCAUGGGCAGCGCCAGCCCAGGCCUGAGCAAUGUGUCCCCUGGCUGCCUGCUGCUGUCCCCAGAUGUGGCACUGCGGACAGGUGUGGAGAAGGCGGAGGCAGGAGCGGUGGGUCCUGAGAAGCGGGACUGGAGCCCCAGCCCUCCCGCCACCCCUGAGCAGGGCCUGUCCGCUUUCUACCUCUCCUACUUUAACAUGUACCCUGAGGACGGCAGCUGGGUAGCCAAGGUCCCCGAGGCCAGUGCCAGGGAGGAGCCCCUGGAGGAGCCGGAGCAGUGUCCGGUCAUCGACAGCCAGGCCUCGGCGAGCAGCCUGGAUGAGCACUCGUUAGAGCAGGUGCAGUCCAUGGUGGUGGGCGAGGUCUUGAAGGACAUCGAGACGGCAUGCAAGCUGCUCAACAUCACAGCAGACCCUGGGGACUGGAGCCCUGGUAACGUGCAGAAGUGGCUGCUGUGGACAGAACACCAGUACCGGCUGCCUCCGGCCGGCAAGGCCUUCCAGGAGCUGGGCGGCAAGGAGCUGUGUGCCAUGUCCGAGGAACAGUUCCGCCAGCGCGCACCCUUGGGCGGGGAUGUGCUGCACGCACACCUGGACAUCUGGAAGUCAGCGGCCUGGAUGAAGGAGAGGACCUUACCUGGGGCCCUUCACUACUGCGCCUCCACCAGCGAGGAGGGUUGGACAGACGGCGAGGUGGAUUCGUCGUGCUCCGGGCAGCCCAUCCACCUGUGGCAGUUCCUCAAAGAGCUGCUGCUCAAGCCCCACAGUUACGGCCGCUUCAUCCGCUGGCUCAACAAGGAGAAAGGCAUCUUCAAAAUUGAGGACUCUGCCCAGGUGGCCCGGCUGUGGGGUGUGCGCAAGAACCGGCCGGCCAUGAACUAUGACAAGCUAAGUCGCUCCAUCCGCCAGUAUUACAAGAAGGGGAUCAUCCGCAAACCGGACAUCUCUCAGCGCCUCGUCUACCAGUUUGUGCAUCCCGUCUGAGAGCCACGGAGGCCAGAGGCCUACCGCCUGCCCCAGACAGCCACUCUUUGCUGCCCUGGGCUCUGCCCAAUAUGAAUCCAGGGGCUGCUGGCAUUCCAGGAGCCAAGGUCCGGGAGAGACAGUCACUGAUCUGGGAUACACAUGAGCUCUCUGGGUUCCUCUUCAGAUCAUACUGCUCAAGUACACAGGCCCCUGGAGGGUCAAGGGAGCUAGGAUUGCUCACAAACGGAGAAUUCCCCGACCCAGGCUUGGACUGUGAGAUUCUUCCUGGAGGAACUACCUACGGCAAGCAGGGACUGGACCAAGGCAGCUCACAGGACGGUGAUGCUGCUGCUCUCUGUUUCUGUCACCACCCUGUGCCAUAACUGGCCUGGUGCUCAGAGAUGUCUGCACCGUGCUGGGGAGCCAGGGGCGCCCUAGGAAUGGAUAAUAAAGAUACGAGACAACA